UCACGCAUCCUUUCCUAUCAACCCGCUUCUUCAUUUGAAACCAGACUGGAACUUCUCACUGUUUUGGAGUUGUUGGGUCUCAAUGGGUCCUUUUACGUUAGCCAUUGAUGCGAAGAAGUCUUCACUGGCGGUUUCAGAUUCAUCCAAUAGGAAAGUGCAAAAUGCGCAGCUUGGAAAAAAGAAAUUUUUUGCAUCCAUCAGCACGGGGGAGGAAAAAGAAUUCAACUUUUUACGUGUUCUAUUUGAGGGCAUUGUAGCAGGAGGUACAGCUGGUGUGGUUGUUGAAACAGCUUUAUACCCAAUUGAUACCAUAAAGACUCGACUGCAGGCAAUUCGAGGAGGAGGUAAAAUAGUUUGGAACGGCCUUUACUCCGGGUUGGCUGGAAACCUUGCUGGGGUCUUGCCGGCUUCUGCCAUAUUUGUUGGUGUUUAUGAGCCUACAAAGCAAAAACUGUUACAGAUAUUUCCUGAAAAUCUUACUGCUGUUGCUCAUUUGACUGCGGGUGCCAUUGGAGGGCUUGCCGCUUCUCUCGUUCGUGUUCCAACAGAGGUUGUUAAGCAAAGGAUGCAGACUGGCCAAUUUGCUUCAGCUCCAGAUGCAGUACGCAUGAUCGUUUCCAAAGAGGGCUUUAAAGGUUUCUAUGCUGGAUAUCGAUCUUUUCUAUUGCGAGAUCUUCCAUUUGAUGCGAUUCAGUUUUGCAUUUAUGAGCAGAUGCGGAUAGGUUACAAGUUGGCAGCAAAGAGAGAUUUGAAUGAUCCUGAGAAUGCCCUCAUUGGUGCUUUUGCUGGGGCGUUAACUGGAGCUAUAACUACACCCCUUGAUGUGAUUAAGACAAGGCUAAUGGUUCAGGGACCUGCAAACCAGUAUAAUGGUAUCAUUGACUGUGUUCAGACUAUUGUUAGGGAAGAAGGACCUCCUGCUCUUUUGAAGGGCAUUGGACCGAGAGUACUGUGGAUAGGCAUUGGAGGUUCAAUCUUUUUUGGUGUGCUGGAGAGGACAAAGCGGGCGCUUGCUCAGAGGCGGCCUUCACCUAAUCAACACUCCGACAGCCCAAAGCAGGAUUGAAAACUACCCAAGCUCUACCAAUCUGAAUACCUCUCUUCUAGACUCCUUGGAAAGACGAGGUGCUGAAUAGGAUUCCUGCAGGUAGUCCUGCAGUUUUUGGUAUGGCUAGCUUAGAAUGGAAAGAAAAUUCAGAGUAACUUCCCAGUUCCCACAAAUAAUAAAGUCAUUUUCGUUUAUUUAGACGACAGAUAAAAGAGUCCUUUGCCAAGGAGAUGCUGCUAAUGUACUAUUGGUUUGCCUUGUACAUGAAAAACCCUAAAUUUUCUUUUUAGGGUUCAAAAUCAAGGAAAGGAUUACUUAAUUCUCUAUA